AUGGCACUGAAUGGCAAGGUCGCUCUGAUUACGGGAGGUGUCAAGAACCUUGGAGCCGAAUCCGCGCGUGAACUUGCAGGAGUUGGUGCGAAUCUAGCCCUCCACUACAACUCGGCAAGCAGCAAGACCAACGCAACAGAACUGGAAGCCGAAUUGAAGCAGAGUUACCCAAACUUGAAGGUUGCAUUCUACCAGGGCGACCUCACGUCUGCGGCUGCCGUGGACAAGCUAUUUGAUUCGGUGCUCAAGGAGUUUGGAAAACUCGAUAUCGUGGUGAACACGGUGGGCAAGGUGUUGAAAAAGCCGAUCAUUGAUAUUUCUGAGGAAGAGUAUGAUUCGAUGUUCGCAAUCAAUUCCAAGGCGGCUUUCUUCAUUCUGAAAGCAGCUGCCCGUCAUAUCUCGGAUGAUGGCAAGAUCAUCACCAUCGUGACUGCCUUGCUGGGUGCCUUUACCGGGUUCUAUACUUCUUAUGCAGGAUCAAAGGCACCCGUGGAGCACUUUACCAGAGGUGUUUGCAAGGAAUUGCAGGCUCGGCGUGUGAGUGUGAACAAUGUGGCACCAGGCCCGAUGGAUACUCCGUUCUUCUACCCACAAGAAUCGCCCGAAGCGGUUGAGUUCCAUAAGAGCAAUGGCAUGGGAAACCGAUUGACGAUGGUCCAGGACAUUGCGCCAGUGAUUCGAUUCUUGUGUACUGACGGGGCGUGGAUCACUGGCCAAACGAUCUUUGCGAACGGCGGAUACACGACUCGCUGA